CCUGGCGUAAACGGUUACCGUGGAGAAAUGGGGAACGCUGGCCCAAGAGGACCUCCGGGUCCGGAUGGAAAUCCUGGAGCCGAGGGAACAGUGGGACCACAAGGAGAAGUAGGCUCAAAUGGCCUUACCGGUAAAUCUGGGCCACCUGGAUUAAAAGGGACUCAAGGAACGUAUAGCCUAGUGAAUGCCUGGAACCAACAUCGUGCAUUUUCUGUAGCGUUAACAUCAAAUAUUGUUGCAAACGAUGGAAAUAUGAUAAUCAUAUGGGAUCAUGAGUUUUCUAAUGUAGGCGGUGAUUUUGAUAUGAAAACAGGCAUUUUUAAUGUGACAGUACCAGGCACAUAUUUCUUUUCUUUCUACGUCUCCAAAACUUCUCGGCAGAAUUACCCUCUUGUACAGCUUGUAAAAAACGGUGAACGAGUUAUCGGUGCCAUUGAUUAUGGACCUAAUGACAGCGAAGACUCGAGUGGUAAUAGCGUGAUAUUAUCAUUGAGUAUGAAUGACCUCAUCUGGAUGAUUUUAGGUGAUGAAAGAGAACUUUCAAGCACACCAUACAAGUUGACAACUUUCUCUGGAUUCCUCAUAUUUCCGAUGCCAAUUUGAUUUCGAUUGUAGUAUGCAAACUAUGAAUAUUUAACUAUUACUCUAAGAAUUCCAUAUUGAUAUGUACAUCUAUAUGUAUGCAUAUACAUAUACAUAUAUAGGCCUAUAUAAUUAUAUAUAUGUAUAUUAUAUAUAUAUUGUUGGAUAAGUUAACAUUCCUCUAAAGUGUCUGUAUGUUUGCAAUUACACACCUGUUUUUAUAUAGGCCUAUUCAUCAUUGAACGAAUGAAUAAAUUAAAGAAAUUGC